GCUUUGGCCGCGUCGCAAGCGUUGUUGUCCUCUCGACGGUCCGAUCUCUUCUUGAAGCGCCUCUGGAGUCCAGACGAGCGAGGGAUGCUGCGGGUGCGGUGCUUGCGCGGAGGGAGCCGAGGAGCCGAAGCCGUGCAUUACAUCGGGUCCCGGCUUCGCCAGGCCUUCACAGGAUGGGUGCAGCGAACUUACCAGAGCACCCAAGCUGCUGCGGCGGCAGCCCCCCAGCCCACCUGUGCUGUUGCUGAUGACAAGGCCCCCGACCCCCUUCCCCAAGAUUGCCCCGUCUGCUCCUACAACGAGUGGGACCCGCUGGAGGAAGUCAUUGUGGGCAGAGCCGAAAAUGCCCGCGUGCCACCGUUUUCCGUUGAGGUCAAGGCCAACACCUACGAGAAGUACUGGAGUUUUUACCAGAAGUAUGGAGGGCAGAGCUUCCCGGAGGAUCAUGUGAAAAAAUCAAUUGCUGAAAUUGAAGAGAUGUGCAAUAUUUUAAGAAUGGAAGGAGUGACUGUGAAGAGGCCCGAGCCCCUUGACUGGUCGGCCAAGUACAAAACACCCGACUUUGAAUCCACCGGCAUGUACGCAGCCAUGCCCAGAGACAUUCUGUUGGUGGUUGGCAAUGAAAUCAUUGAAGCGCCCAUGGCCUGGCGUGCCCGUUUCUUCGAGUACAGGGCAUACAGGCCGAUCAUUAAGGAGUACUUUCGCCAAGGCGCCAAGUGGACCACAGCACCAAAGCCCACAAUGUCUGAUGAACUUUAUGACCAGGAUUAUCCCAUCCGCACUGUGGAAGACAGGCACAAACUGGCUGCUCAAGGCAAAUUUGUCACAACUGAAUUCGAGCCAUGUUUUGAUGCUGCUGACUUCAUAAGAGCUGGAAGGGAUAUCUUUGUGCAAAGGAGUCAGGUUACUAACUUCUUGGGUAUUGAGUGGAUGCGAAGGCAUCUUGCACCAGAAUACAGAGUGCACACCAUCUCCUUCAAAGACCCCAAUCCGAUGCACAUUGAUGCUACGUUUAACAUCAUUGGACCCGGCUUGGUGCUUUCCAACCCAGAUCGUCCGUGUAAUGAGAUCAAUCUCUUCAAGAAGGCAGGCUGGACGGUGGUUCACCCUCCUUUGCCACUCAUCCCCGACAAUCACCCACUGUGGAUGUCCUCUAAAUGGCUGUCCAUGAAUGUCCUCAUGUUGGAUGAGAAGCGUGUGAUGGUGGACGCCAAUGAAGUCUCGAUCCAGAAGCUUUUUGAAAAGCUAGGCAUUUCAACCGUCAAGGUCAACAUCCGCCAUGCCAAUUCCUUGGGAGGCGGCUUCCACUGCUGGACCUGUGACAUCCGCCGUCGCGGCACCCUGAAAUCCUACUUCGAUUAGUCUGGGAUCGGCAUGUUCCGCUUUCCGCGAUGUAAGCGUCGGAGGGUGAAGAAGAGGUUGAUUUCAUCUCUCUGCUUAAAAACAGAACGUGAUUGCAUGAGCUGUGUGGUGCUUGGAUCCAUGCCCUUCUCCGCAUCCUCCCGAGAAAGUAGCACAGUUUCUCCCCAGAGUCCUUUCACACAUUGCAACGGGUAAAGGGAAUCUGUCCCUUUGUGAGCAGAACUCUACGAUGGGCACAAGUGUCCAGCGAAUGCAACGACACUUUUGAAAAGUGCUCCUGGCAGUGUA